AUGCUGCAGGUCUGGAUGCUGCAGGUCUGGAUGCUGCAGGUCUGGAUGCUGCAGGUCUGGAUGCUGUCUAGAUGCUGUAGGUCUAGAUGCUGUAGGUCUAGAUGCUGCAGGUCUAGAUGCUGCAGGUCUAUAUGCUGCAGGUCUAGAUGCUGUAGGUCUAGAUGCUGCAGGUCUAGAUGCUGCAGGUCUAGAUGCUGCAGGUCUAGAUGCUGCAGGUCUAGAUGCUGCGGGUCUAUAUGCUGCAGGUCUAGAUGCUGUAGGUCUAGAUGCUGCAGGUCUAGAUGCUGCAGGUCUAGAUGCUGUAGGUCUAGAUGCUGCAGGUCUAGAUGCUGCAGGUCUAGAUGCUGCAGGUCUAUAUGCUGCAGGUCUAGAUGAUGCAGGUCUGGAUGCUGUAGGUCUAGAUGCUGCAGGUCUAGAUGCUGUAGGUCUAGAUGCUGCAGGUCUAGAUGCUGUAGGUCUAGAUGCUGCAGGUCUAGAUGCUGCAGGUCUAGAUGCUGCAGGUCUAGAUGCUGCAGGUCUAGAUGCUGCAGGUCUAUAUGCUGCAGGUCUAGAUGCUGCAGAUAUAGAUGCUGCAGAUAUAAAUGCUGCAGGUCUAGAGCUGAUCCUCCAUUCUGAUUGGCUGCUGGAGGCCCCGCCCACACCUGGAGCUGACCCCUGAUCUUCUGCGUAAAGUUUUCACAUUCGUUUCAUAACCUCUG